CCAGCUCUUUGGCCUAUUGCUGAGCUGUACUUCGCCGGACCGGAAGAAGUUCGCACCCGGAUACUGAGCUCUGCGGCCUCCGGAGUUACAUAGCGACCACCCGAACUGUGAAUGCGAUAAAGCUUUCCUGCGUUUCCAUGGCAACCUACCAGGAGUUUAUUCAGCAGAAUGAAGAGCGUGAUGGGGUGCGAUUCAGUUGGAACGUUUGGCCUUCCAGUCGUCUGGAAGCCACCCGGCUGGUUGUGCCUCUGGGCUGCCUUUUUACCCCUCUGAAGGAACGUCCUGACCUGCCGCCCGUGCAGUACGAGCCAGUUCUGUGCACACGACCGACCUGCAAAGCUGUUCUUAAUCCGCUAUGCCAAGUUGACUACAGAGCCAAGCUGUGGGCAUGUAAUUUCUGCUUCCAGCGAAAUCAAUUCCCACCAACAUAUGCAGGAAUAUCAGAAGUAAAUCAGCCUGCAGAACUAAUGCCACAGUUUUCCACCAUCGAAUACAUAGUUCAGAGAGGCCCUCCGACUCCUCUGAUCUUUUUAUAUGUAGUGGACACAUGUCUGGAAGAAGAAGACCUACAGGCUCUGAAAGAAUCUCUGCAAAUGUCACUAAGCUUGUUGCCCCCAGAUGCCCUGGUUGGUCUGAUCACCUUUGGCAGAAUGGUGCAAGUGCACGAACUAAGCUGUGAUGGGAUCUCUAAAAGCUACGUCUUCAGGGGGACCAAGGAUUUGACUGCUAAGCAGAUACAGGAUAUGUUAGGCCUUUCAAAGCCUGCAGCUCCAGCACAGCAAGGGAGACCUGUACAACCCCACGAGCAACCCUCCUUGUCAAGCCGGUUUUUACAGCCAGUUCACAAAAUUGACAUGAACUUAACUGACCUACUUGGGGAGUUACAGCGUGAUCCGUGGCCAGUCCCUCAGGGGAAACGACCUCUGAGAUCCACUGGAGUGGCUUUGUCUAUUGCUGUUGGACUACUGGAGGGGACACUUCCAAAUACAGGGGCCAGAAUAAUGCUGUUUACUGGAGGUCCUCCUACUCAAGGCCCCGGCAUGGUGGUUGGUGAUGAACUCAAAACACCAAUCCGCUCCUGGCACGAUAUUGAAAAGGACAAUGCGCGUCUCAUGAAGAAAGCCAUUAAGCACUAUGAAGCACUGGCAAAUCGCACAGCAGCCAACGGACACUGCAUUGAUAUUUAUGCUUGUGCCCUGGAUCAGACUGGUCUUUUGGAGAUGAAGUGUUGUUCAAACCUCACUGGUGGCCAGAUUGUUAUUGGAGACUCUUUUAAUACCUCGCUGUUUAAACAAACGUUCCAGAGAGUUUUUAGCAAAGAUUUAAAUGGGGAAUUCAAAAUGGCCUUUGGAGCAAACCUUGAAGUGAAGACUUCAAGGGAGCUGAAAAUUUCAGGCGCUAUUGGACCCUGUGUUUCCUUGAAUGUGAAAGGACCUUGCAUCUCUGAAAAUGAAUUGGGUGUUGGUGGGACGUGCCAGUGGAAAAUAUGCAGCCUGGAUCCUAGCACAACCCUGGCCUUUUAUUUUGAAGUGGUUAACCAGCACAAUGCCCCCAUUCCUCAGGGUGGCCGGGGAGCUGUUCAGUUUGUGACCCAGUACCAGCACUCCAGCACUCAGAAACGGAUCAGAGUGACCACCAUCGCCAGGAAUUGGGCAGACGCACAGACCCAGCUUCAGCACAUUGAAGCAGCCUUUGACCAGGAAGCUGCUGCUGUACUAAUGGCUCGUCUGGGAGUUUACAGAGUGGAGACUGAGGAGGGACCUGAUGUACUCAGAUGGUUAGACAGGCAACUCAUCAGACUUUGCCAGAAGUUUGGCCAGUACAACAAAGAUGACCCAACUUCCUUCCGGCUUUCAGACUCUUUCUCUCUGUAUCCUCAGUUCAUGUUCCAUUUAAGAAGAUCUCCAUUCCUGCAAGUGUUUAAUAACAGCCCUGAUGAGUCCUCUUACUAUCGUCAUCACUUUGCUAGACAGGAUUUGACCCAAUCUCUCAUCAUGAUCCAGCCUAUUCUCUACUCGUACUCAUUCUACGGGCCCCCAGAGCCUGUCCUACUAGACAGCAGUAGCAUUUUACCCGACAGGAUUCUCCUGAUGGACACCUUUUUCCAGAUUGUCAUCUACCUCGGAGAAACUAUUGCACAGUGGCGUACCGCAGGCUACCAGGACAUGCCCGAGUAUGAAAACUUCAAGCAUCUUCUGCAGGCGCCUUUAGAUGAUGCCCAGGAAAUCUUACAAAGCAGAUUCCCAAUGCCGCGUUAUAUUAAUACAGAGCAUGGAAGCAGCCAGGCUCGAUUCCUUCUGUCUAAAGUAAAUCCAUCGCAGACACACAACAACUUGUACAACUGGGGACAGGAGGCUGGAGCUCCCAUCCUUACCGAUGAUGUCAGCUUACAAGUUUUCAUGGAUCAUUUGAAAAAGCUGGCAGUUUCUACCGCAUCCUAAAAGCAUUUCAGCUGCUGACAACUGAGUCUUAAAGAGUUUUAGAAGACAUUCCCUGAUGUAGUUAAAAAGAAUGAAUCAAGAUUUUAGUUAAAAGCUAAAUAAGAGAUAUGAAGUCAGAUCAUUUUUCUGUGUAACAUCUCUUAGGUUCUAAUUUAUUAUUUUUGUUUUACAGAUAUGAUUAUAGUGUAUGGAAAUUAACAAUGAAUGUAUAUAUUCACAAUGCUUUGUUAGUCCUGUAUUUUCCAUGGUCAAUGUAAAGGAUUCACCCAAAAUUCAUAGUAAAAUCCUCUACUAAAACAACCAUUGUGUCUUGUUAAGUAGGGGAAAUGCAAUACUAAGAGCUGGAGCCGUAAUAAUGUGAAUGGGACCGGAUUAAAGUAUACUCCAGCAGGUGAUCAUUCAGGGAGAUCCACUGACAGUUCUGUUUUUAUUGAAAUAAAAAUGCCAGCCGGAAGCGUGAAA